AUGUCUAGUUUCCUGAAUGAACCUGUGACCCCACGUCCAUGGAAGUCGGGGUCUGCAGGAUUCACCGAGCACAAUGGUGAAAGUGACACUUUCGAUAGUCGAUUGGGUGAGAACCCUUUUGAGGUCACAGAAGGAAACGAUUUCACGACCGAAGUACGUGCACCGGUUUUGAGAGGGUCGCGUCCGCAACGCGCGAAUAAGACCAGACAAACAUUUUAUAUCCGCGAAGAAAAUGAAGAUGCAAGUGCGGGUCGCGAAACGCGACGACGAACUGCCGAGGUGAUCAAGUCAUCAGAAGGCCGCAAACCGUCACUUCUUGCUCAGCCAGCUCAACGAUUCCGUUCAAAUCCUGGCUUUCCUCAAGAGACCAAACAUGAGAUACUGGCGCUGCCCAAGGUUUUAGUUAUUGAAGCCAGAAAUAAGAACAAACCCUCGAUUCUGCUUGGUGACAAGGACCUAAACAAGAAGACUGCGGGAAAUUCUCUGAAGGAAAACGCUCGACGCAACACAGUUUACAUCCCCCCUGAUGACAGGGCUGUCCCCAGUGUUUUCAUGAGUAUUUUCAGUCCACCCAAACAACGCUCUGGGACUUCCAUGUCACAGGCAUCAGACAAAACUGAAAUCAACAGGUUCGAGCCACAGAUCACCAAACGCCAGGCACGGAAGACUUUGGCGGCGUCUGGUCAACGAGCACCACUGCAGCAAAGCUUGAAGAUUGCCCAGGUAGAUCCAACAGCACCUGACAUUCCUGGAACCGGCGGCGGCAAAGAGAACUUGCCUCCUGGGAAGUUGCUCCUCCCCAAGGACAAAGAUGUUACGUCCGAUGAUGUCCCAUCAAAGCCACUAUUCGCUCGACGCUCGGCGACAAAUGCCGCUGCCUUGCAAGCCCCCCGUGUCAAUCGAGCUCCCACUCAACUUCCCCCUGCCAGCCAAGCCACCUCUGUCAAUCGAACCUCCACUGAUCUAUCCGCUGCCAAUCAAACCCCCGCCCUCAAUGGAGUCUCCGAUGUCAGUCGAACUUCCGUUGCCAAGCAAGCCACCACAGCCAGCCAAACCCCCACUGCCAAUCGACCCUUCGCUGCCAGCAAAGCCUCCGCUUCCAAUCAAACCCAUGCAACCAGGCACAGAGGGGAGAAGAAAGCGCCUCCAAUGAUUGUGACACUUGGUAAAAUGCAAGGGAAUGCUGGCAAUGCUCUCAAAAGGCCAGUGAGACCUGCAGUGCCUCUCAGUACCCGAGCUUCUCUUUUGCCAGAUAGGCUGGGCUCCUUUGAGUCGUCUCAGAAUCUUUCGAUCGAUCACAUCAAAACUACACUCAGCGAAGCAAAUCAUCAGUUCUCGUUGGUUGUCGAUAAUAUUGCGGAAACGGCUUUGUACGAGGACAAUUGGCUGUCGUACCAGGAGACCGUUAUCAGUCAGCUUGCGAAUGGCCUAUUCGAACAUUUUGAUUCCAGCAUGGCUACCUACGAUGCAGAUGCUUUUCGACUCGGCUUGCUCAGUAUCUACCAUACAGCCCCAUUUAUCAAUCUCUACAAACGCCUCCAAAACUCCUUGUCUUGUGGUUAUCUGAAGAUUCCCAAGGAAAGCCUCACUCGGGGUACACGACUUCAUCAAAACCUUGGUCUCAAGAGAACAUUCCUGGAUAUAUGGCUUAAAUCCUAUGAUCUCCGUGCAUUGGUUCCAGCCCUGGAAACUGUCGUUGGUCGGCAAGUUUUCGAUGACUUGACUUGGCUUGAUGGUCUCAAUGAUGGCCCAGGAAGCGUGUCUUCGAACAAGAUGGUCAUCAGAACCGUGGAAUCAUAUUUGGAAACAUUCUUGCUUCGCAAUGACGAUAUUGGUCAGUCCACUGCCAGCGUCAAUGACUUUGGCGUUGGAAGGUAUGCGAAGAUUUACCACCGCGCUGUUCUGCGAAGCAUCAUGCUUAUCGCCCUGUUGGACAAAAGCAAAGAGUGUCUUGGUGCCGAUUUUCCUUGCCGACUCUUCGAGCCUUCUUCUGCUUUCAAAUCUUCCGCCGGUGUCUUCCGAGCUUUGCUGAGUCUCCUAAUUCCAUCUUGCGGCGCCAUCAACAGGCUGCUUGCUCACCUGAACUUCCAAUUUUCUCACAAGCAGCAUCCGCUGCAAGAGUACAACUACAAGAUCAACAUCAUGGCAGUUGACUUCCAAGAUGGCGUGCGGCUGGCUCGUAUUGUCGAGCUUCUUCUCAUCCUGCCGCAACAUCUGCAAUCUGACCCAUAUGCUUCAACCUUUGUAUCUCUGCCUACAGGCGAAGUUUUCUCACUGGUCGAGGGCAACCUCAAUUUGCCUCUGUCUCAGCAUCUGAAAUUCCCUUGUGUGAGCCAUGCAGUCAAGAUGUUCAAUGUCCGCUUUGUCCUUGGGGCUCUGGCCUCUCAGAAUAGCGCCGCCACAGUUCUUAACAGCAUUCAAGCCACAGAUAUUGUGCUCGGCUACCGCGAGAAGACGAUCGCUCUGCUUUGGCCUCUUCUCGGCAAAUGGGUACUGACAGGCCUUGUUGAUUGGAAGGAUGUCCGCAAAGAAGUUACCCGCCUGAAGCACAAGGCUGUUGCUCAGCUUGGCUACGAAGCAGUCAAGGACGAAAAUUGGUUCUUGGGUACAGAAUUGCUUGAUGAUGAACAUGCACACCUUUUACAGCGAUGGGCAGGAAUUCUUGCAGCCUUGCGAGUACUUCGUGUGAGCGACCUGACCGCAAGCUUCGCGAAUGGAAAGAUCUACCGAAGCAUCAUGGAUGAAUAUGAGCCAUACAUUGCUGGCGGAGUCAGCGAGAGUAAAAAUUCAAGCUUCCCUUUUAGCUCGAUAUCUUUGCAGUCGCGUCUUCAGCAACUGGGGUGCAGUGCACAAUUUGCAUGCCUUAUUGCGCCGCACACAACAUCACAUGUCCUCAACUGCGAUACUACACUUGCCGCAUUGGUAUUCAUCUGCUCUCGCAUGCUGUCCGCGUCGAAGCGCGCCCGAGCCGCUACAGCCAUCCAGCGGGCGUGGCGCUCUCACUCAGCAAAGAAGAUGGAGGGUCGGCGUGAGGUAGCCCGCGAACUGGCACAGAAUUGUGCUACCGCUGUUCAAGUCCGGACUGAAGUGUUGGGUGCAGUGGAGGUGAUCACCCGUUGGUGGUGGGAGGUGAAAUCCCGCAAGCAGCGAGAGAAGACCUUCCAACGGAAGGCUAUGCGCAAGUCGUCAGCUCGCCGGAGCAUCGGUCGUAAGGGUGUCCGUCGGCUCUAA